AUGACCAGCCUAGAGGAGGUUCCCUUUAAGAGCCCUCUGGGGCCACUACCACUGGGGCCAUUACAGGAGCUGGGGCCCCUGGGAGGAGAGAGAGAGCUGGUUACGGCCCCAGAGAUCACCAUACCAGACCGCCUCCAGAUACUACAAGACACUAAGUAUGAGUUCACCGUAGAGAACUGGGUGAUGUCUGCGCUCCAUGGAGGAUGCUACCGACCCAGGGAUGCCUCGUCCCCAUCUUGUCCUCCGUACUGGCUCAUGUUCUCCAGUCCCCAGGAGAGUCGCUCGGCCAGCAGGUGGAACAGUAAUCUGCGGGGCUCUGCCCUCCGACCAAGGAGCCACAGCCUAAGCUCUGUGGACACACGUCACCUUAACCACCACCACCACCCUCAACCCCACCCCCAACACCGCUGCCAGCACAGCCACCACAAAAUCAAGUUAAUGGUCUCGGACUCGGAAGACGAAGCUGGCUACUCAGAAGACGACGAGGGCUCCUCCACUGAAGACAACGCCUCAGACUCAAAGACACACCGUGGAGCCUAUCACGGUGGUGAACGGCCUCGGCUGCAAAGCUCUGCACCAAAACACCCAUUAUCCAGAGUCAAAGACCACCAUCUUGGAUCUUCAGGCUCUUCCUCGGCUCAUCACCACUCUAACCUGCCUUCCACUGGUGGUGAACGGCCACGGUCGCAAAGCUCUCCACCAAAACACCCACUAUCCAGAGUCAAAGACCACCAUCUUGGAUCUUCAGGCUCCAACUCGGUUCAUCACCACUCUAACCUGCCUUCCACUGGAGGCCGAAGCUACCAGGGUCGCAACAGGAGGGCCAACUCUUCCUCUGUCCUGGACUGCAGGAGGCAAGCGUCAUUCACUGGGCAGGAGCAGGGGCGUACAAUCAGCCCACUUUGCCAUGGUCAGGCCAGCGGUCCCCAGUGCCAUGGUCAGGCCAGCGGUACCCAGUGCCAUGGCCAGGCCAGCGGUACCCAGUGCCAUGGCGAUCAGAGGCCCUGCAGGAAUGAUUUCAGAAGCCAGCAGCAGGCGUCAUCGUCCUCUGGCCUGGAAGAGUCUUUUGUGCGGUCCAGCAGUCCCCAGUGCCAUGGUGGCCAGAGGCACUAUAGCAGAAAGAGGCAGCACUCUUUGUGGUCAACGGGAAGGAAAAACUCUGCGACUCCACAGCAGCCACAACGACCCUCUUCAGCUGGCCCUGAAAUCAAGAACAACAGGCAGACUGCUCUGCGUCCACGUAGCUCACACGGCAUUGGCUGUGACACAUCUGCAGAGUUGCUGACGGCCCUAAGUCAGGAAGAGAGAGAGCUACUGGAGGCCAUCACUGAGCAGGGCUACCCUCUACACACUGCCAUCCUGGCUCUGCAGAAGACUGGCCGUCGCAGCCCACGACAGAUCCUGAGUUACCUGGUUGCCAGUGACCGUCUGUGUGCGCUGGGCUACGAAGAGGCUCAGGUGGAGGAGGCCAUGGAGAUGUUCCAGAACUGUGAGAGCAAGGCUGGUGAAUUCCUGCAGCUCCUGGCUCAGUUCAAUGAGAUGGGAUUCCAGCAGAGUGCCAUCAAAGAGGUUCUACUGGUCCACGAGAACCACAGGGAGAGGGCCCUGGAGGAUCUCAUGACACAGCACAACUAAUGGCUGUUAUACCAGAGAUAAUGUUACGAGAACCACAGGGAGAGGGCCCUGGAGGAUCUCAUGGCUGUUAUACCAGAGAUAAUGUUACAAGAGGUUCUACUGGUCCACGAGAAGCACAGGGAGAGGGUCUCAUGACACAACGGAGGGCUCUAUUCAUUCCGUAAUCGCAGAAAUUCUAAAUUUGAGGGCAAUGUUCCCACGUGAGCGGAGAUCGCUGCAGAUGUCGGCUUAAUAGGAAAAUAAUGCUUCAGUGAUACAGAUUAAAUAGAGCCCAUUAUACCGCUGAGAAGUUAUGGAGAUGAAUGUGCAGCAAUAUAGUAACCUUUUAAUGGGUCAUGUUCAGUAGGGCACACCGUAGCAGAACAUUUUGAAACAAGUGUGUGGCAGUCCGUUUAUGAACACAGCCAGGGGGUUUAACUCCAUCAGAAUAUUGAUUCAUUAUUUAAAAGAUGUGAUGGAUUAUUGAUUUGCGAGUAAACAUUUAUUUUCACCCCA